CAACUUUGAUGGGGUAAAAAGAUCAUUUAAAAAAUCUGCGGAGACUCUGGUAUGACUGGAGCCCUUCAUUGUCCUCGGCUGUUGUCAUAAGUAAAGUUUUGUCUUUUUUUUAAUCGUAUGUUAAUAGUCACCUUUCGCUGGAUUAUAAAGUUGUAUCUUUUCUGUUGGACCCUCGGAUCUGAUCCAACCGGCGCGUAAUUUCUUGUUUUUUUCCAGAAGUUUUAUCUUUGUGUUUCUGACAUGCUCCUCUGCCUUGUUGCUGUGUUCAGUUUAUACUUCACAGCUAGCUCUGGGACCAUAGUGAAUGACAGCUACAAUGACUUUGUAGAAGAAGAUAAUGGACCUCAACUAGACUACAAAGACCCACACUGGUGUCAUUCCCCGGGUCUGACUAACGGAGAGGUGACCUGCCACUCCCCUCAGGGUCGGGCCUACAUGAGCACGCUGGGCACUCGCUGUGAGAUGAGCUGUGAUCGAGGAUACAGACUGAUAGGAAAGAGCUCCAUUCAGUGUCUCCCCAGCCGGCGCUGGUCUGGAACUGCCUUCUGCCGCAAGAUGCGAUGCCAUGUGCUGUCUCUCAUCGAACACGGCAGGUACACCUGCACUCAAGGCUUCAUGGUGGACUCCAGGUGUGACUUCAUCUGCGACGCCGGCUAUCGCAUCGAGGGGCAACACUCCCGCACCUGUGAGCGCAAGGGGUCGUGGAGCGGAGUCCAGCCAAAUUGUGAAGAUACUGAUCCUCCCAAGAUCAAAUGUCCUCCGUCCAGACUCAAGGUGGCCGAUCCUGGAAAACUCACUGCCAUGGUGACCUGGGACCCCCCCAAAGCAACAGAUACUGCUGAUAAAUCCCUCGAUGUAAUUCUAAUUGGCCAGGGGCCGGGCACUGACUUUAAAGAGGGAGCGAGCAUUAUCCGAUACAAAGUGUACGACCAGGCCAGGAACAGAGCAGCCUGCAAGUUCCUUGUACGUGUUGAGGUGAGAAGGUGUCCAGUUUUAUCUCCACCUCUUCAAGGCUACCUCACCUGCUCCUCUGAUGGGAAUAACUACGGUGCAACAUGUGACUAUAACUGCGAGGGGGGAUAUGAGCGGAGGGGCGUCUCUUCUCGUGUCUGCCUGUUCAACCGCAGCUGGGGGGGAGGGCCAGCCGAGUGUGUUCCAAUGGAGAUUAAAUCAGAUGUAAAGACGGUCUCCGCUCUCCUGGAUCAGUUUUAUGAAAAUAGGAGGCUGCUGAUCAUGUCUGCACCCAACAUAACUGACCCAGACUACCAGCUGCAGAACAUCAUGAUACAGAAAGCAGACUGUGGAUUAGACCUGAGACGUGUAACUGUCAUCGAGCUCCUGGGCUCCCCGCCUCGUGAGACAGGUCGCAUUAAAGAAAGUCUGCUCAGCUCUGAAGCCAUUGAGGGUCUGAGACAAUCGUUCAGGAUCUCCAGAUCGUACUUCAGCAUGUUGCUGCUGGACGAGCUGGGAAUGGACCGGGAGCGCUUCAUCUUCCCAAUGGCGUCGGACGAGCUAUUCUCGUACAUCGACAGCUUCCUGCUGGAUGAAGAGGAGCGAGAGAGGCUGGAGCUCCACAGGGACUUCUGCGACUAAUCAAAUAAACCUCUCCUGUUGCCACAGAGAUAAACUCAUCAGUAUUACUAAACGCAAGAUGAGGAAAGACAAACAGCCCAAAACCAGGUCCAGAGGGACAUCAGGGGGGGGUGAAAUGUGAUCACCAGACGACACUGAAGUGCUAGCACUGCUUUCUCUCUCUAAUCAUCUGAAAGGCAUAGAGGCCAGAAAAGGGACACAGAAAAUACAGGGAAGCUUGAGAGAACACAUAAGGGAAAAAAUAAAAAUCAAGCUCAUUUAUAAACAUAGAAACAUCAAAUUAGAUUAGAUUCCUGGAGAUAUUUGGUUAAGCAUUUUGUAAAGUACCACCUGUGCUCAUGUGAUAUUGAAUGAGAGCUGUAAUCACAAAUUUCACAUCAACAAAUCGUACGAGGAACACUGUGGAGAGAUUAUUUAAAUCCAGCUGGUAUGGACGAUAAAGCAUGUCUUUUGGUUAAGAACAUUGUUUAUUAGAUGAACAGAAUAUCAAUGGAAACCUUGAGGUAAACACAAGUCUGAUCACAUGCAGUAAAAAUAUUAAGAUCUAAAUUUAUUUCUGCAUAGACACAUUUCAUUAUUUCAAAUAAAGCUUUUUGUGCAUCUUACAUAUAAAGAUAAUAAUACAAUUUGUUGGAUGCAACACCAGAGAUUUUGUAGUUUAUAAUGACUUGUUUUCCCACGCAACAGUAUCAUUUUGUACACAAUUGUAAAGGAAAAAUGUGACACUAUUUCUGUGCUUAGUGCUCAAAAGUGUGCAUACAUUUGAAUUGCAGUAAAUAUACAUUCUGAAUAAAAAAAAAAGAUAUAUAAAAUG